AUGCGUCUUACUCCCCUGCCCUCCUUCAAAAUCUGGGGCUCACCCACCGCCACCAGAUCCUGGCACAUCUCCCUCUCCCUCGUUUACCUCUCCGCGUGGAUCAUCGUCUCUGUCAAUAUUUGGCACUACCACAUCUUCAGCAAAACCAACGUCGGCCUUGUCAUCGCCGUGCACAUCCUCCUCGACCUCUCGCUCGCACCAUGGGCCUUCUUCGUCGCCGCCCGCCGCCCGCCGCCCGCCGCCGUCGUGUCCACGUUCAUUGCCAUCGUGUCCGCCAACCUCGCGCUCGUGUUCACGCUCGUGUUCCCGCCGAGGUGCUGCAUUUUUGCGAUCAGGCAAUGUGUGGAUGGAAAGCCAUCUUAUAGCGAGGGACGUGGCAAGCCGCCGGAUACGGAUACGGGGCUGACGCUGCUGCCUAUUCUUAUUGUUGCCAUUAUUGACAUCUUCCUGUGGCCGUGGCUCGGUGCGCUCUGGGAAAGCAGGCUGUAUUGGGCGCGCAACCCUAAGCUUGGCCUAUAUAGGCUAUCGGCGCGUCUACGGGGAAAGAAGAAGGAAGAGGCACUGCCCCAUCCCGAAGGUGUCGCCAUCUCGAUUCGCAACUUUAGUAAGGCCUUCCCCGCGUCGGUGUUCAAGCGCGAUAAGUAA